CGACGCUGACGCCAGAGCAUGGCAGUAGCUGUGGUGGUGGUGGCGGCGGUAGCCGCGGCCGGGAGAUGGUCGGUAGAGCCGAGGAGACGCCGAAGAGCCCGCCGCCCGUGUGAGGUGUAAACUGGGUGCUACCUGCAGAGCAGGUCCUGCCAGCCUUGCUGGAGAGGAUGCCCCCGUGUCCGUGAUGGGCUGUGGGACAAGCAAGGUCCUUCCUGAGCCGCCCAAGGAUGUCCAGCUGGAUCUGGUUAAGAAGGUGGAGCCCUUCAGUGGCACUAAGAAUGAUGUGUACAAGCACUUCAUCACAGAGGUGGACAGUGUUGGCCCUCUCAAAGCCGGGUUCCCAGCAGCUAGUCAGCAUGCACACCCCUGCCCCGGAGCUCCCACUGCUGGCCACACAGAGCCUCCCUCGGAACCACCUCGCCGGGCCAGGGUGGCCAAGUAUAGGGCCAAGUUCGACCCGCGCGUGACGGCCAAGUAUGACAUCAAGGCCCUGAUUGGCCGAGGCAGCUUCAGCCGGGUGGUGCGUGUGGAGCACCGGGCGACUCGUCAGCCAUAUGCCAUCAAGAUGAUUGAGACCAAGUACCGGGAGGGGAGGGAGGUGUGUGAGUCAGAGCUGCGUGUGCUGCGCCGGGUGCGCCACGCCAACAUCAUCCAGCUGGUGGAAGUGUUUGAGACGCAGGAGCGUGUGUACAUGGUGAUGGAGCUGGCCACUGGAGGAGAGCUCUUCGACCGCAUUAUUGCCAAGGGUUCUUUCACUGAGCGUGAUGCCACGCGGGUUCUGCAGAUGGUGCUCGAUGGUGUCCGGUAUCUGCAUGCACUGGGUAUCACACACCGAGACCUCAAGCCUGAGAAUCUGCUCUACUACCACCCGGGCACUGACUCCAAGAUCAUCAUCACCGACUUUGGCCUGGCCAGUGCCCGCAAGAAGGGCGAUGACUGCCUGAUGAAGACCACCUGCGGCACGCCCGAGUACAUCGCCCCUGAGGUGCUGGUCCGUAAGCCCUACACCAACUCAGUAGACAUGUGGGCACUGGGGGUCAUCGCCUACAUCCUGCUCAGUGGCACAAUGCCCUUUGAGGAUGACAACCGGACCCGGUUGUACCGGCAGAUCCUCAGGGGCAAGUACAGUUACUUGGGGGAGGCUCUCUCCCCGCAGGUCCUUCUCUUUUCUGCUGCUCGCCCCCACCCAUUCCCUGCCAGGCCCCAGGGUGGUGGAUUCUGUCUGGUCGAGAAGCACAGGAGGAUGCCCUGGCCCAGUGUGUCCAACCUGGCCAAGGACUUCAUUGACCGCCUGCUGACGGUGGACCCCGGAGCCCGCAUGACAGCACUGCAGGCCCUGAGGCACCCGUGGGUAGUGAGCAUGGCAGCCUCCUCCUCCAUGAAGAACCUGCACCGCUCCAUCUCCCAGAACCUCCUCAAACGUGCCUCCUCACGCUGCCAGAGCACCAAAUCUGCCCAGUCCACACGGUCCAGCCGUUCAACUCGCUCCAACAAGUCACGCCGUGUGCGGGAGCGUGAGCUGCGAGAGCUCAACCUGCGCUACCAGCAGCAGUACAAUGGCUGAGCCGCCUGGCUGUGGUGCAGACAAGGCAGGGGCCUGGCCUGGCCUCAGCACUGCUGUGCCGUCUGGGUCUGACACACUCUCUGAGCUAGGCCUUUGUGGCCGGGGCUGGGUGGGGAGUGUCUGGCUCCUUCUCUGUGCCUUCAUUAGCCUCCAUCCUCACCCUGGACCUGGGCCUGGUGUGAUAGAGUGGAGGUGGCCCAGGAGUGGGGUGCUAUGCACUCCUGGAACUCGGAGCCUGGCCUGGCACUGAUGCCUCUUCUGGUGGGCAGCUGUUUUGGUCACAACUUGGGGGAGGAGACAGGACCGGGGCUUCCUUGGCUCUUCCCCAGACCACAGGGGAUUGCAAUGCUGGGUGGAGGGUGUCCUGUGGCCCCACAACUUUUCUGAUACUUACUUCUGGAACACCCCCCCCAAACCCCCUCAGAGCCUUCCUUCCCUGGCCCUCUACAUCUCAUGGCACACUGAUCCUUAAGAUUAUGUUCUUGUGAGAGUCCCAGCUGGCACAGAGUCUGUGCCUGGGUUGAACUCUCAGUCCCUGGCCUCCUAGCCAAAGUCUGCCUCCUGGCCCUAGGACUUGUCAGGACCUCCAGUGGCAGGGCCAUGUCAUCGACCUUGGCCCUUCUGGACUGUGUGGCCAUCCAGGUGGCUUGGAGCAGACCUGCCCCAGAUUUAGAUCUCUGAAGGCAAGAGGUUGCCUGCCCCUCCAGCCCCCCUUAAUACCUUCUUUGCAGAGCCCACCAUCACCUCUCUCUCCUCCUUGGGUGCCCACUCAAUUCCCCAAGUGCCUCCCAACAAACUCUGGGGGGUUAAAGGGAGCCCCACUGCUGCUACCUGGGGGAUGGGAACACCUGGCCCAUCGCAGAGGGCAGGGGCUUCCCAGGGGACCCCACCCCCACCCCCCCAAUCAGGAUUUCAUGUCAGCCCUGAUUCCAUCCUUUAGAACCAUUGCCCAUUGCUCCAUCCCUUAAGGAGCCGCUGUUUCCUCUUCUGCAGCCUGAAGGCGCCAUCUAGUGUCUGGCGUGGGUGUGGACAGCCCGGGAGUGACCACAGUGCGUACUCGACCUUCCGGGGGAAGUGGAAAGGGAGGAGCUGCUGCAUUGGGGGAGGGUCCCUGGGCUGCUCAGCUCUCCCCUUCUGCUGACUUUCUGCACAGCUCCCCCUGGAACUUAGCCAUACUGUGUGACCUGCCUCUGAACUCUGAGUGCCUAAGGGUCUGGCCUUCUCACAGCUGGUCUGUCCCUGUUUCCUUUCACAGCAUUAACCUUCCUGUCAGCCCAGCUGAGUCUCAGCUGGAGGUGGCCCUUGCAUGAGGUGGGUGGGGCUGGGUGCCUCCUUCGCCAGAGGCCUGAGCCACAACCAUCCUCACAUCCAUCACAGUGUCCCUCCAUCCCCAGCCAGGCUGGAACCCAAGUCCCUUCCCUCCCCGGCUACUUAUGGUGGCUGAGAAGGGGCCAAGGUCCAGUUUUGGCCAUAGCUGGACUGCAGGGCCCUGCCAAUAGGGAGGGUUUGGCCCCCACUUAGCAACUCUCAGUGGACAGCCUUGGGUCAGACUCUUCUCUUUCCAUGUGCCACCUCCAGUGGGAAACCAAGCCAAAGAGACCAUUCUGUGCCAAGUCAACUGUGCCUUACACACCCUUGCCUCUGUCCAUCAGUGCCUCCUGGGUAGGAGCCAGUGGAGAGCCUAGACCACAUAGCCCCAGAACUCCCCCUCAAUUCCACAAAGGCUUCUGGGGGCCUGAAGCCCUGGGGAUUUAUUUCCUCUCUUGCCCAGGUUAGGCUUGGUUCUGAGGUAGAACAGAGGAGUUGAGAGAUUUUAGCUUUUGAUAGGCCCCCUCAUCUGGGCCUUCAUGUCAUGGAUUGUGGAUGGAGAAUGUGCAGUUAUUUAUUUUGUGUACUCUGUUUGUCAGUGUAUCCUCUGUACUCAAUAAACAGGCUGCCCUCCCUGGGAAGGCUGCCCAUUUGUCUGA